UUUGAAGUUAUAAAAAACCUACAGCUGUAAACACACGUGAACGGCUUAUUUUCAAUAACUUGAAUCAAAUAUUUCAUUCUUCCAUAUUUGAAAUAAGUUAUUUAUAAACAGAUGCUAAGAAGAUCUGUUCAGUUUUUUAAACAGUUAACAAAAUUAUUCAAGAUGUCUGAAACUCUAACUCCAACAGCAACAGACAAGCUUGUAGAGGAGACUGCUCUGAAGAGGCCUUUGAACUUGGGUGAAGAAGAAAUUACAAAUAGCCAAGAAGUAAAGAAAGUAAAACUAGACGAAGAGGCUCCACCCCCUAUGCUGGGUAGACCAGACCGACCAAGAAAAGUAGCAUUAUUAUUAGCUUAUUGUGGUGCUGGUUACUACGGUAUACAAAUACAGAAAGAUUAUCCAACAAUUGAAUCUGAGUUGUUGAGCUCUCUGGUGAAAGGUAAUUUUAUAACACAAGAACAUGCAGAUUCACCGCAAAAAAUUCAGUUUCAAAGAGCAGCAAGAACAGAUAAGGGUGUGUCAGCUCUUGGUAAUGUGAUAUCAUUAAAGAUACCAGUCGAUUCUGAAAGUGUAGUGGACAAAAUAAACGAGAAUUUACCUGAACAGAUUAGAGUUAUAGGUUAUAUCCGAGCUACUCGAGGUUUUAACAGUAAAAAUUUCUGCGAUUCCAGAACUUACAUGUAUAUGAUACCCACCUAUGCUUUUGCUGGUGUAGAGAAAAUGGUGUCAGAUGAAUAUAGAAUAGAUGAUGAAUCUUUGCAGACAUUACAAUCUGUUUUAAACAAGUUUAAAGGAACACAUAACUUUCAUAAUUUUACAUCAGGAAUAAAACCCACCGAGUCUUGUGCCAAAAGAUAUAUAAUAAGUUUUGAGGCAGGUAAACCAGUAGUUGAAGAUGGUACAGAAUUUAUUACAUUAGUUGUUAAAGGGCAAAGUUUUAUGUUACAUCAUAUAAGGAAAAUGGUUGCUUUAACUGUAUCUAUAUUAAGAGGUAUGUGUGGUAUAGAGACAGUAGAUAAAGCAUGGUUACAUGAUAAGAUGGAUGUUCCUAAAGCUCCAAGUGAAGGACUCUUUUUAUAUCAGACACAUUAUGAUGGUUAUAAUAAAAGAUAUGGUGCUGAUGGAAUACAUGAUCCUAUAGAUUGGUCAAAUUAUAAAGUUGAAUUAGAUGAAUUUCAGAAGAAAUAUAUAACAUCACAUAUUGUUAAAUCAGAGAAAACAGAUAGAAUAGUAUUAAAUUGGUUAAAGGUUCUACAUUUACAUAAGUUUGAUAUGAGAGAAGAUCAAGAACAUAAAAGAACAACUAAACAAAUGUAUGAUAUAAUCAAGGCAGCAUCAGCUUCAUGUAAAUCAGAUAAUUCAUCAAACAAUACGAACCAAACAACAGAUGUGGAAACAACAACUCCAGUUUCUUCUAAAGAUUGCUCUAAACAAACUGAAACUGUAGAGAAUAUUGUAUCCAGUAGUUCUUUAGACAUGGAAAAUAUAAACCCAACAAAAGAUACACAAAUUACUGCAGCAGAUUCAUCUCAUGACAAUACUAAUGUAGAAAUAGUAAACAAUAAUAGUUUGAUAGAUGCAUCAGUAACUAUGACAACACUAAAAACAGAAGAAUCAAAAUCCUGAUUCCUAAUCAUAGAGUGGAG